UUUUUUUAAAAAAUAUCAAAUAUUUUUCAAAUAUAAAUAUCACAUAUUUAUAAUGAUUUCAUGUGGCUUAUUAACUUUGUUUGUUGGCUUUGUAUGGGAGAAUUAUAUAAUGCCAUACCAAUGACCUAGUAAUCACAAAUGAGCUUUAAAGGGUUUUCAGCAGGCCAAAGAUUAGGGUUAAUUGCUCUGUUUACUGUGUCAAUUUCAUGCAAAUUUUAAUAAAUAGUACCAGGCAUAUAUAUGAAUUCUUACACUCUCUUAUGAACCCAGUCAGUUUUUUGAGCCUUUAACUAAGUAGAAAGACCAGUAUUCAGCUGUUAAAUUUAAUGUUACUGGAUGUUCAACCUGUGAUUCUAGAGUGGGGAUCCUGUGUUAUUUCUAGUAUCCUACUCUGGCUUGUUAUUGCCUUGUAGGCUUUCAGUUCAUUAACUUUUUUCCUAAGGACAGCAUUGUUAUGUACUCCCACAAGGAAAAACAAUAAUUACCCUUAAAUUUGCAUGCUAUGGAGUGCAUAACAUUUAUACAGCAUGUUAGAAAUACCAUGGGCUUAGAUAUUUACUGUGGCAAUGUGAGCCCCUUAACAUAAGGUCAAUAACAUUAUCAAAAGAUAAACAAAAUGCACGGUAGCUUAAUUCAAGUGUUAAUUAAUACAAAAUAAUCACAGCAAACAAAUUAAUCAAAUACAGAUUAGUAAGAGAUUAGAGUUUAAAAUGUAUGUUAAAAAAAAAUUUUAGUUUUUAUUUUUGUAAUACUUAAAACAAAAAAAAACUCUGGCAGAACUAAAAGAUUUCUUUGGCUUAUAUGCAAGUUUGCGAAGCUAGGAGAGUCUAUAAAUAUAAUGUGCUGUUUCUGCUGCUCGUUGAUUCUGUUGUUUUCCAUCAGUCCUGGUUAUCCCUCACAAAAGUAGUAGUAACCUGUUAAUGGUGAGUUAAAGGUUAAACAAGGUCUAAUUUUAUUCAUGAUUAAUUUGCAUCACUUAUGCAUAAAUAUAUUUUUUCUUCACCCCGUGUGCUUUCCUAUUUCAUUCCCUUUAAUUCUCCAUUCACUCGUGUAUCCUACCAGCUCACCCUUAAUUUUCUUAUGCAUGCUUAUUGUCCCCUGUUCCUAAAAUCCUUCAUUAAAAGUCCCACUCUUCAAAUUGUAACUUUCACCUCUGCUUUCCGCCUCCAUAUUUCUCAUUUCCUUCCUAAAACACUGCCUUCUGUAAUGGGCUUCUCCCGGCCUCCCCUACAUUUCUGUGCCUUAUUGCUUAUUACUACUCUCCUGUCUCCAUUUAUGCCUUUUUAUGUCCCCCUCUCCUCAUGCUUCUGCUUCUAGUUUCCUCAGCUUUAUCUUUACUUACAGUAUGUUUCCAUCUCCUCCUAAAAUCCCUUCCCACCUUUAACUCCAUUUCCUUCUGUUAAAAAAUGACUUAUGCUAUAACAAACAUUGCAUAAAAUAUAUAAACUGCUAUAUAAUUUACUUCCAUCCUUAACAUAUUUAUAUAUACUUUACCACUCUUCAUUUACAUUGCUACUUUUACAAAUGUUUGUUUUACUUCUAUUUUCUUUUAAUCCAUUUCAUCUGUCCUAAAGCUAUCCAUUUCUUUUCUCAUUGUUUGCUUUUCGUGUGGAUUAGAAGAAUACUAAAAAUGUGAAACUGAAAUACGAUGGUAAGGUGGAUGCAGUACAAAUGUACAAGGGCAGAAUACACCAGCCCAAAUCCCAGAGUUCUGAUGAGGGUGAUUACAGUGCUGGCCAGAACUCUCACUAUUCAAGUACAGAUGUGACUGAAGAGCUACCAAUAACUUUAAAAAGAAUAAAAGAAAAAUUUCACAAAGCUAGAGAGUCAAGUAAAUUGAAGUUUUUAUCCAGGCCGGAACAAAUGCAAACUGAUGUUUCCAGCAGUAAGUCUCAGUUAAUGCCCUCUAACCUUUCAGAUAAAAGAUACAAAAGUCAGUCAGACAGCACAGUAAGUGAAAGUGGGGAACUAAAUUCUAAACGCCCAAAGAUGAUAUGUGUCAAAAAUCUGGAUGCUGAAAAGGGUAAAAAAAUCAUUAAAUUUAGCACUAACAGUAGUUUUGUAAAAAAGGCUGAAAGUAGUUCAUCCACCUCAAGUUCGACAGCCGACAUAUCAGAUAAUAGAAUUGAAAGCAGUAUUAAAAAGCAACAUGUAAAUCGGCAUUCAAUUCAAGGUAAUGGAAUAAAUAGAUCCAAACAGAACCUAGAAAAUAUUCAAAGGCUUCAUGAAAAAAGUGAUAGUCUAAUCAAUAAUGCAGAGUUAGAUACAGAAGUGGAACAAGAAGAGCAAAAAAGCAACAACCAAGGGACUGAAGAAUCAGAUAGUGAAGAGGAAGCUGAGGCUGAAACACAUGAAAGGGAGGUAGAAAUAAAAGGAGAUAAUGAAGUGGACCAAACAGAAGAUGAAGAGGAAGGGGAGGAUGUAGAAGAUUUAGAGGUAGAGGGAAAGGACAGUGAGGGAGAAGAAGAAGAGGGAGGGGAUGAGAAGGAAGAGGAGGGAGAGGAUGAAGAAGAAAAGGAGGAGGAGGGAGAGGAUGCAGAGGAGGAGGAUGAACAAGAGGAGAGAGAGGAUGAAGAGGAGGGAGAGGAUGAAGAGGAGGGAGAGGAUGAAGAGGAGGGAGAGGAUGAAGAGGAGGGAGAGGAUGAAGAGGAGGGAGAGGAUGAAGAGGAGGAGGGAGAAGAUAAGGAGGAGGGAGAAGAUGAGGAGGACGGAGAAGAGGAGGAGGGAGAGGAUGAAGAGGAGGAGGGAGAGGAUGAAGAGGAGGAGGGAGAGGAUGAAGAGGAGGAGGGAGAGGAUGAAGAGGAGGAGGGAGAGGAUGAAGAGGAGGAGGGAGAGGAUGAAGAGGAGGAGGGAGAGGAUGAAGAGGAGGAGGGAGAGGAUGAAGAGGAGGAGGGAGAGGAUGAAGAAGAAGAGGAGGGAGAGGAAGAAGAGGAGGGAGAGGAAGAAGAGGAGGAGGAGGAUGAAGAAGAGGAGGAGGGAGAGGAAGAAGAAGAGGAGGGAGAGGAAGAAGAGGAGGGAGAGGAAGAAGAGGAGGGAGAGGAAGAAGAGGAGGAGGAGGAGGGAGAGGAAGAAGAAGAGGAGGAGGGAGAGGAAGAAGAAGAGGAGGAGGGAGAGGAUGAAGACGAGGAGGGAGAGGAUGAAGAGGAGGAGGAGGGAGAGGAUGAAGAGGAGGAGGGAGAGGAGGAGGAGGGAGAGGAUGAAGAAGAAGAGGAGGGAGAGGAUGAAGAAGAGGAGGAGGGAGAGGAUGAAGAAGAGGAGGAGGGAGAAGAGGAAGAAGCUAAAGAAAAGAAGGCUAAGUAUAAAGAAGAGGUCAUUGAUAAGGGAAAAAAUAAAAAACAAGGUUCUAAAGAAAAGUUUAAACCAAAGAAAUCAUCCCAGGAAAAAGCCAAGCAGAAAAAAAAUGAUAGCAAUAUAAAGAACCAGAAGAUUAAGAAAAUUGAUAUGCCAAAUUAUAAAGAUAUUGAAAACUUUAAAAAGUUAGAGGGGCUAGAUAAUUCAGUUCAGUUCUGGGAUAGCAUUUUACCACAUUACUUGACUUUAAAGUAAGUCAUGAAAAGUCUGCAGCAAAAUUUGGUUAGGGAACUAUCAAUUCUAGAUGCUGUCUAUGCUGAGAAUUUAUGUUUUAGAAGGAAGAGGAGUCCUAUUUUGACAGCUGCUUAGAAUAUCCAAGUGUUAAAAAAAAUCAACUAUUAACCACAGCUGUAGUACAAUUGUCUAUGCAUUAAUGCAUGAUGUAUGUGCUAACAUUUGUUAAUGUAUAAUCCUACAGAAUCAUUAAGUACAAUAUCUUAAUAUGGUAGUUGUAAUGUGCUUGGGAAACAAGCUCUUCUAUGGAGGGAAGGUGGUGUGGUAGGCAGACCUAUCCGAGUGUGUAUAGCAUGUCCCUUUGCCUUAACUAAAGCUGAUCUUCUGCAGUAUUUGACUAUAAACUUUCUGUAGUGUACUUAUUUGCACCUAAAAUGUCUUACAAGAUUUGCCUUCUAGCUUUUGGUCUGCUAUGGGCAUGAGACCGCACUGCUGGAAACAUAAUACUUUAAAUUGAAAAACUUGACCUUCACCAUUUUACAGUUAGUUAAAAUUAAAUAUUCCCUCCAACAUAGCUACAGAUACAAUAACAUUUAGAAAAUGCUGGCUAACCGUUUCUAGCUAGCUAACAAUAUUUGUGCUUUGGCUAUUUCUAAAGCUUGGAAAUAACAUUUUAUUUUGAUACAAUUUGCAACAUUUGCAAUUUUUAUAUGGUCUGUUUCCAAAAAUAUCACUGACAUUUGUUUGCCAGCUGAAACAUAUUGGCAUCGUAUUAUUUGUUGUGGGAGAAUAAAGAACUUCUUGACACCUUGGGUAAAUGAGGCAUCAGUUGUCAAAAUUGUUGAAAUACUAUUGUAUUCUUAAAUCAUAACAUAACAACAUGUUUACUGCAAAUUAUCUAUAUUAACGUCAACAGCUAUUUGAACCUUCACUCCAGCCCCCAGAAACCUUUGGAUACUUUAGGCAAAGAUUGUUUACUGCUAUUUCAACAACUUUUUAUGAAUAGGGCACCCAGCUUCUAAAAUAGUUGCCAUUUUGUGUUUCAUGUGCAUUCUGUUUUCAAAGUAUUGUGUUUUUCCCAUUUAAUUCCAUGUUUUUUAAUUCAAUAAUGUGUUUUUGUAUUUGUGAUCCAGCAUGAAUACUUGUACCAUAAAGACAGUCAAUUUAUAUACCUUAUUUUUCUCACAUGAAAGCUGAAUGUACCAGGCCAGUUAAGCAUGUGCCAAAUAAAUUAAAUUUAAAUUAUUUAUAUGAAAACUAGUUGAUGUUUCAUUAAUUGCGUGUGAAAAAAUCAUUUUCAUUUCUUCACAAUAAAUAUGAUAUAUGAAUAACAAAUAUGAUACAUAACUUAAGUGGGCCAUGCACAGGUCAAUAACAUUUUCAGACGUAUUGGGCCCUGUAUUGGCCCACUAGUUGACCUGCCUCACCGAUAUCUGCUAUAAAAUAAGCCAUCUACCAGACAGGCUUAAACACACUGUCAGCAAGCGCAUUUGGGCAACUUCUCCAAAUGAGCAGAUCUCGCCAUGUAUGGCCAGCUUUACAUUUACUGACUUUUAUUUGAUAACUAUCAUAGAAUGUAUGCGCUUCCUGUAAUAAAAUUCACCAGCAAUUGAGUCUCUCUCUUGUCCGAAAAAAAUCUUCUUAAAAGUGAUUAACUUCAGGAUUUAUGAGGAACACUUCUAAAACACUAUGCGGCUUAAGAGACAGUAAAAGUUUUCUUUUUUCGGACAAGAGAGAGACUCAAUUGCUGUUGAAUUUUAUUACAGGAAGUGCAUACAUUCUAUGAUUAUAUAUAUUUUUUGGGGUGGAACCCUUUGCUGUAAUGCGCAUCCGUUUACUAUAUUUGCACCAGGUGAAACAUAUAAAAUAAAAAUUCUAACCAUUAUCAUAGAUAUUCAUGGUUAGACAUUUAUGGAGGUUAUGGAGGAAUUAAAAGCCAGCUUAAUGAUUGUGUGCAUUAAAGGGAUGCUGACAUGUUUCUGUUUUAACAGGAAUGUGGUUUUAUGCCAACAUAAACCCUAGCACUGCUAUUCUUUUGCAAUGGAUGUGCCUUCCUGCCUCCCCUCACCUCACCCCUUACUAACUCACGUCCUGCAUUGGUCAUUGACAUGACUUAUUCAGAAGCUUCCUGGUUUAAGUUGCACUGUUGGAGUGGGGCAAUGUUCUCAUAGGCUGGGGCACUGUUUACACUUGUCCUCCAGCCUUUCAGAAAGUUGUUGUAGGUAAAUCAGCGCCUACCUGUCAGAAAUCCUUCCCAUUUUGAAUUUUCAUACAUCAGCCCAGCAGUUUUUAUGCAAGUUGCUGUCAUGCAUCAUGUGCUGCUAAUGCACUGUAGAUACAUUACAAACCACUAUAUAAUACAGGUAUGGAACCUGUUAUGCAGAAUGCUCAGGACUUGGGGUUUCCUGGAUAACGGAUCAUUCCGUAAUUUGGAUCUUAAUACCUU